GAAUUAGCUUGGAAAUUCGUUUGAUUGACGCAGGAGCGACGUAGGUUGAAAGAACGAUUCCCAAGCCUGGCGCUCACGGAAUCCGACGCAGAAGUGUGCCGCGCUACUUUAAGAAAUUACGAAACCAUGGCAUUGGCACGAGAGGUGUGCGAGGGGAAAUGUGCCAUGGGCCGUCCUUGUCCGACUGGACUAUGUAGGCAACCUUCCAAAAGAAGCCCGAGAAGAAAGCCAUCCACAGGCAGUACUAGCAGCUUAAACACAGGCAGAACUCCACCACAGUCACCAAGGAUGUUACCAUCUGCACCGCCUUCACCAGCUAUGCACCGGUCGGCCAGCGUGCUCUCAACAGCACGUCCAAGAAGCGGUCCUGCCGGUUUGCAUUAUUAUACCGGGGGAUCUGCGCCUCCCUCCAGGGCAGUGUCCAGAGUGGAUUUAUCGGCUGCAGUGGCUUGCAGCAGCAGCAGCACGAGUCUAACAUCGGUAGGCAAAUCGGGGAUGUCCAGUAGUAAUUGGCGAUUGGCGGCUGGAUCCGCGCCGAACACUCCGAGGCCGACGCCACCUGUUUCCCCUCAACGUUGGCCAAGACGAGCUUCUACUCGGCAAACGCCCGCCCUGCCCAUCUCGCCAGAAACUCCUUCGACAACGACGUAGCACCUACGGAACAUUACUUCGUUCUCGACUUUGCCCGAAUAGCCUCCACCUUCGUUCAUUCGAUUCCUCACGGCACGCGUUAGCGCAAUCAUCGCUGAUGCUUGCGCGAUGUUUAGCGUUCCGUUGCGAGUAUUGUAGAAACGUCGAGAAAGAAGUAUUAAGAAAUUUUCGAUAACGGAGCAAGCACUCGGAGCUCAAACUUCUUAAGUUUACAUCGCGAAAAACGGUGCCCUCCGAUCGUGCGACUUCUUCUAAAACAUGUCUUUCAGCGAGCUGUAUCAAACCACGUGGACGCGCCCAACAUGCUUUAAAUAACGUACGAUAUUUGGAAAUGAAGUCGUUUCUAAGUACUUCAUCUGACUGGCCGAUAUAGCGAGGAAGCUACGAAAACCGAAAAACUUUGUUUACGAAUAAUUCACCGGUGGAAGUUUGAGCCUGUUUAUUGAUUGUAUAAAUGAUUAACAAGGGGGGAUUCUAUGCCAGCUAAUAUAACGACAUGUUCGUAACGUCGUGCUAUUUGUACAUUAAUUGAAACGUUACGCGCGAGAAACCGCACAACGCACUUUCUUUUUCUCGCCGAAAGAAGCGAACGUAUACGAAACCGAAAUUCGAUAACGUAAAUAGCGUAAGCUGGCACGUAUUGCAUAAGAACCGCGUACUGAAUGCCUAAGUAUCGGCACGAAUGUUAACCGAUGCGACACGUAUAAUGAUUUGAAACGCGCGUGACAGCGAUCAUCGACAAUCUUGCGUACUAGGACUCUUGUUAAUUAACGUUUUUUUAACGCGUACGAUGAAAGUUAUCAUUUAUGACGAAGCUAAUAUUACGACGAGAGUAAUUCUUCGUUUCAAGAGAACUCGAGGAGAGAGGAAAAUUUACUCGUUGAGAUAUCUCGAUUACUUUCCAAACAGGACUAUCGUUACUGUCCAAGAUGAAUAAGAAGAAAAAAAAUAAGGUAGUUAAAUUCGCUGUUAGAAGUACAGAAAAUCGUUGCGAGUAACAUAAUACUAUCAGCAGAUUCACGUCGGUCGAUUGUUACAAUACACUGGGCAUCUGGUGUUUCGUUUGACUCAGCUGAAACUAUUUCAACAAUAAUUUUGUUACGGAAUUUCCCCCUCCCCCCCCACCGAAGGCGACGAAUCGCUUUAGAAUCAUUGUAAAAUUCGUCGUUUCCCAUUCACCCAGUCAGUGCUUGACUGCGAUGUUCGAUGUUUGCGUUCAAGAUUUCUAGAGGCAAUACAAUUUACAGACAGUUAGGGGAAACAAAGAAAGAAAAAAGAAAAAGAGAUGAGAAUGACAACUGGCCGUUUUGAGGGAGCACGGUGAACAAGUUAUCGCCAAUACGAAGACUAUCGUUCAAGAAAUUCUCCAAUUCCAUUCGAACGAAAACAGCGAGAAGAGCGAAGGAGAACGCGAGCCGUUGUUCCUCGAAUCGUUCCAUUGAGUUUGUUCGCAACCGUCCAUUGUAGUUGUUGGAUUUGUAGCGAGAGCCACGCUGUUUAGCGCAAAUUGUUAAUCCAAAGGGAAGCAUAUUACAUAUAUACGCGCAUGUAUUUAAAAUUGGUGCGCCGAUGAAAGUAUUUUAUGCACACACUGUCGCGCCGUAAACUGUGAUUGAAAGGUGAUUUAUCUUCUAAAACGCUGGUCGUGUCAAAGAGGAGAGACAGAGAGAUAGAGAAAGAAAGAAAAAAAAGGAUAACUUCUCCAUUAGUCGCACAAUAUUAUUCGAGGCACAAGGCGUGUUACUCGAUUCCAAGCGCACUCUGAGCGCACUUUCUUUUUAAAGUGCGAACGAAAGAGAGAGAAGAGAAAUAGAAACGACGUAUAGGUUAAGAGCGUUCUCUUAUCUCUAGAGAAACAGAGAGAGAACUCUUCUUUGUGUGCAUAAAAUUCUACUUGUCAUCGUACACCUUGUAUGCAUAUACACUUUGUAGGCAUACGUUGUUGCAAAAGGAUUUCAGAAAAUUUUAUAACUUGUUGGCAAAUGGUGAUUAUUAUGCGACUAUGUCGUAGAUUAGAUAGACAAGUUGUUAUUCUUUCGUGCACUG